AUCUAGGGAGGGUUAGGAUAAAGCCUGGCUUCGCCCCACUCUCUGCCUCCUCCCAGAUCAGAUGAGAUUAGGCAAGAGCUAAGGAGCUCUGGGGUAAGGCAGGGCUGAGAGACACUGAGGCUGAGGAGGGACACAGCGAGGCAGGUGGGCUCCCCUGCAAGAGGAGAAAGCUGGAGAGAGGAGGCGAGUUCACUCUCAAGACUUCAGGAUCAAACAUGCUGGUGCACAUGAAAGAGUAUUGCUGUGGAGCAAGAUAGACAAGGUGCACCUUCAAGGAGAUGCACUAGAUUGAUGACUGAAUUUUUGGAUUCCAGAGAAGACUGGGUUUGUUCGAUUGUGGUUGGGAAUCUGCAAGCCAUGCCAAGCUGUUCCUGGAGUGACAGAGCUGACAGAGAGACUAUAUGUUGACGAGUGUCUGUUGAACCCUUCACUACCUGGAGCUUACUGAUAUUCUGCUUCAGCUUUUACCGGGAGGUGUUUGGAAAAUGGGGAGGAGGAAGAUCCAGAUCACACGGAUCGUGGAUGAGAGGAACCGACAGGUGACUUUCAUGAAGAGGAAGUUUGGUCUGAUGAAGAAGGCCUAUGAGCUGAGCGUUCUGUGUGACUGUGAAAUCGCCCUCAUCAUCUUCAACAGCUCCAACAAGCUGUUUCAGUACGCCAGCACCGACAUGGACAAAGUCCUACUGAAAUACACCGAGUACAACGAACCACACGAGAGCAGAACCAACUCUGACAUUGUAGAGGCCCUGAACAAGAAGGAGCACAGAGGCUGUGACAGCCCUGACAAUGAUGCCUCCUACGUCCUCACCCCCAGCACUGAGGAGAAAUACAAGAAGAUUAAUGAGGAAUUUGACCACAUGAUGAAGAGUCAUAAAAUUACCACAGUCCAUCCACAGCAGAACUUCAUGCAUGUAGCACCAGGCAACAUGUCAUACAGCCCUGUUGCAGGAGGAGGAGGAGGAGGAGGUGUGACUUCUCAGGCGCUCGCUGCAGCCACAGCAGCUCUGGCUGACAGUGGGAUCCUCUCCUCACAUCACUCACACCUCCACAGAAAUUCUCCACAGAGACCCCCCAGCACUGGGAACACAGGUGGCCUGCAGGGCAGCUCUGAUCUGGUUCUGCAGAAUGGAUCUGGGCCAGUUGUGAAUGGUUAUCUGGGCUCACCUGGUGGAGGCAGUUUGGGGAAGAUCAUACAACCCAAAUCUCCUCCUCUCCCACCUCCUGGGAACAACCUGGUCCUCGGCAGCCGUAAGACUGAUCUGCGAGUGGUCAUACCCCAGUCCAAAGGAAUGAUGCAAACACUGAGCAACCAGAGGCUGAGCAGCAGUCAGUCCAACCAGCCUCUGUCCACCCCAGUGGUCUCCAUCACCACACCCAGUCUGCCUCACCAGAAUCUGGUCUACUCCGGCAUCAGCUCUCCCUACAACAAUGAUUACUCCAUGAACAGUGCAGAGCUGUCAGGCUUCAGCUCCCCUGCAGGCCUGUCUGUGGGCUCCAUGACAGCGUGGCAGCAACACCAGCUGGGAUCACUGGGGCCGGGGAGCUCCAGUCUCUCCAUCAACACCAACCACAACCUCAACAUCAAAGCCGAGCCCAUCUCCCCACCCCGCGACCACCUCAACCACUCUGUGUACGUGACCCAGGCUCACGGCCCUCCUCAUCCUCACUCCUCCAGCUCUUCAUCUGCCCGAGCAGAGUUGGGGAGGUCUCCUGCAGACAGUGUCUGCUCCUCCUGCAGCUCCCACGAGGGCGGCAGCGACAGGGAGGAGCAGCAGCAGCACCAGCAGCGGCCGGACUUCCACUUGCUCCCUGUGAGCCUGUCAGAGGGCGGCGAGAGUCCGACGGUCAAACGAAUGCGAAUGGACAGCUGGGUGACAUAGACCCUGCAGUCUCAUGGCCACACGACAUCAGGGCAAACACAGGAAGGACACUGUUAUGCAAAUUAAAUGUAGAUUUUAUUGACGUGUUCUGUUGUUUUUCAUUAAGUUAUCUCUGUUUUGUUUUGAUGAUCAGAUUUUUGAGAAGGAUGAUAUUAUUAAUCUGUCAGAAUUUUCCGAUCAAUUAAUUCUUCUGUGGAACUUACAUAGACAUACACAUAAUAUGCCAUCCUUUGAAUUGUGUAUGUCUGAAAGUGUGGGUCCAAUUGCAGUACAAUCGGUCAUUUUUUAUCCAGUGGGAUGCAUCACAAUAGCGUUGUCUGUCAGUUUGUUCAUGUUUUGGGUUGGAAAGCAUUGAAGUGCUUCUGGGUGUCACCCGAUUCAUUUCUGAUCUUCUCAGGGUUUGAGACAUUGAGUCCAGCAUGAAAGCAAUACUCCGUCCACAUCGUCAUCCCUGUAACUUCUCUUCACACAAACACUUAUUUAUAUCAGCCAAAGCAGUAUGCUGCUUUUUCUAAAUGUCGUUUGUAAGUGUUUUUAUAUUGUGCACAGAAAAAGACAAUGUUACAGUCAGAUUUCCAACUGAAAGCCAUGGACACUUUUUCUGUGUGUACUACAGAAAUAUGUCUUUAUGUUUUGUAUAUAGCAUCUUUAAUAUAUAUCACUUUUUGUUGUAACUGUAUAUUGUUAAUUUGUCUGUCGUAUUUGCCUGGUUAAAAUAUGACACCUCCACCAGAUUUACAGAAAGUAUAUUUUUGUGGUUAAUUUCCAUUUUCUCAAGGCAUCGUCCUUUCCUCUCUCAUCAGGUCUCUGUUGGAUAAAUCUCUCCAAAAUAUAGUGUGAAGCUAAAUGCUCUCUAGAAAACAUAUUUUAAUGGAUUAAAUAAGUCUUGCUCCUCAGAGAUUGUGCCACACGAUAAACAAACCAGGAUGAGAACAAGAUAAGAUAAAAACUCAGUCACGGGCCUGUUGUCUAAAUGUGGCCAGACUGAUGAGGUGAUAGCAUGAGAUCACAUUCAUUUUUUUUAAUGUUUUAUGAAUUGCAGAAAAAACAUGUGUUAAGGUAACCAUGACUAUACUAUAGAGAAAUAAACAGCAGGCACCUUGAAAACAGGA